GCGGAGGAUGACGCUGCGAACAUGGCGGCGGCGGUCAGCCAGCUCCGGGACGUGUCCGGCUGCCAGGUGAACUCGGCGGGUGCCCGGGGAGCGGAGCGGCUGCCUCAUUAGUAUUCACACCCACGAGGCGGCGCGGCGGGCCGUCGGGGAGAGCGAGCGGCGCGACCAUGGCUUAUCACUCGGGCUACGGAGCCCACGGCUCCAAGUACAGGGCCCGGGCAGCUCCAGAUGCCCCUCCCCUCUUCGAUGACACCAGUGGCGCUUACCCCAGCCAGCCGGGGGGAUACCCAGCCCCAGGAGCCGACGUGGCCUUCAAUGUCAACCACUUGCUGGGGGACCCAAUGGCCAACGUGGCUAUGGCCUAUGGCAGCUCCAUCGCAUCCCACGGGAAGGAUAUGAUGCAUAAGGAGCUGCACCGUUUUGUGUCUGUGAACAAACUCAAGUACUUUUUUGCCGUGGACACAGCCUAUGUGGCCAAGAAGCUAGGGCUACUGGUCUUCCCCUACACGCACCAGAAUUGGGAAGUGCAGUACAGUCGUGAUGUGCCUCUGCCCCCACGGCAAGACCUCAAUGCUCCCGACCUGUAUAUCCCCACGAUGGCCUUCAUCACCUACGUGCUGCUGGCUGGGAUGGCACUGGGCAUUCAGAAAAGGUUCUCCCCGGAGGUGCUGGGCCUGUGCGCCAGCACGGCGCUGGCGUGGGUGCUGAUGGAGGUGCUGGCUCUGCUCCUGGGCCUCUACCUGGCCACCGUGCGCAGCGACCUCAGCACCUUCCACCUGCUGGCCUACAGCGGCUACAAAUACGUGGGGAUGAUCCUGAGCGUGCUCACGGGGCUGAUCUUCGGCAGCGACGGCUACUACGUGGCCCUGGCCUGGACCUCAGCAGCGCUCAUGUACUUCAUCGUGCGCUCUUUGCGGACAGCGGCCCUGGGCCCCGACAGCAUGGGGGGCCCGGCUCCCCGGCAGCGCCUCCAGCUCUACCUGACUCUGGGGGCUGCUGCCUGCCAGCCCCUCAUCAUAUACUGGCUGACCUUCCACCUGGUCCGGUGACCUCUGGCCCCCUGUUGGCGCUGACUUUUCCAUACAUUGAAGAUUUGAUUUCCUUGA